AUGGCUACGACUGCGACGCAAGCUCCAGCUCCGGCUGGCGAGCACAAGACAAAGCCCGAGAAGCCUGAUGAGAAUGCGUAUAAAAUCUCCCUGGCCAAUGCUGAGAAGGACCUGGCGACCGCUCAGAAGAAACUGGAAGCCAUCAAGGCUAAGAUAGAGUCUGCCACUCCCAACAACCAGGGCUCGCCGGUCGCUAAGAGACAGCAGGAGCUGCGCACUCAGCUGGCCGCAAUCCGCCAGCAACAGCAAGGGUUCAAGGCCUCGCGUACCGCCCUCCAGGAAAAGAUCAACGCCGUCGACGCCAACAUCAAGGCUCGCUUCACCGAGCAGAAGAACCAGCGUGACAGACUUGCGUUCAAGAGCGUUGAGGAUGUCGACAGGGAAAUCCAGCGUCUGGAGAAGGAGGUCGACUCCGGAACCAUGAGACUGGUCGACGAGAAGAAGAACCUGGCCGAGAUCUCCAACUUGCGAAAGCAGCGCAAGAACUUCUCCUCCAUGGACGACGGCAAGAAGAACAUUGACGAGAUGAAGGCCCAGCUGAGCACGCUCAAGAAAGGACUGGACAACCCCGAAGCCAAGGCUCUCAGCGAACAAUACACCGCCCUCCAAAAGGAACUGGACGAAAUCAAGAGCGAACAGGACGGUGUCUUCAAGAACAUCAAGUCUCUCCGUGACGAACGAACCAAGAUCCACGCCGAGCAGCAAAAGGCCUGGAACGCCGUGAAGGAAAUCAAGGACUCCUACCACAAGGCGCGAAGAGCGAACAGGGAGUACGAACAGGAGGCCUAUCGUAUCCGUCAGGAACGCCAAAAGACCGAGAGGGAGGUCUAUGAGCGCGAGAAGAAGAAGAAGAUCGCCGACAAGAAGCUCGAGGAGGCUUCCAUGCCUGCCUUCACUGACGAACUUCUCACCGCCGAGGGUCUCAUCAGACACUUCGAUCCCACCUAUGACCUCGCCUCUCUUGGUCUCGGUAAGACUCAGCUGCCUUCGUCCGUCGCCUAUCGUGCUGAGGUAGGCCGAACCGUCGAUACCUCUGACAUCAAGGGUGUCAAGGUUAUCAAGAAGGAUGACCGUGACGACAACUACUUCAUGGGCGGAACCGGUGGAAAGAAAGGGAAGAAGGGCAAGAAGUCUCCUGCCGCCAACGCCCCUGCUGCCGCUCAGCCAGAAGCUAGCAAAUUUAACCUCAGCUUUGGCGUUCUUGAAGACCUGGCCAGAGUCAAGGUUGACCCCCCAAUGAACCAGUCUGAUGUCCCAGCGUUGGUAGAGAAGUUGGUCGAGAAGGUCAAGGAGUGGAAGAGCAACCAGGCCAGCAAAACCGCUGAAAACAUCAAGAAGGCCCAGGAAGAAAUUGACCGCCUUGAGGAAGAGAGCAAGGCCGCUGAUGCUAAGGCCAGCGGCACCAGCACUCCAAACGUCGCCGCGGAAACAAAGCCAGCCGAAGCAAAGGAAACAGAGGCUGCUGCUGAUGCCGCUGACGAUGCUGAAUAG